AUGUUUCUUCGAUCAGGUCUAAAAUCACAUAGUUUAUUGCGAGUCGCGUCAUCUUAUCCUUCACGUUCUAAACAUGUAAUCGCUAUUCGUCGUGAAGAUCAAUCACCAUGGGAACGUCGUUCUCCAGUAGCACCGGAACAUGUUCGAAAACUUGUACAAAAUCAUAAAAUAAAAGUUCUUAUUCAACCGUCUAAUCGUCGUGCUUUUCCAAUCUCAUCCUAUGUUCAAGCAGGCGCUAUUGUUCAAGAAGAUUUGAGUGAAGCAUCAGUUAUCAUGGGUGUGAAACAAGUGCCUAUCGAUGCAUUAUUACCAAAUAAAGUUUAUGUCAUGUUUUCACAUACACAUAAGGCGCAAGAAGAUAAUAUGGCAUUAUUAGAUGCAUGUUUAGAAAAAAAUGUAACAUUAGUUGACUAUGAAAAAAUUGUUGAUGAUGAAGGUGUUCGUUUAGUUGCCUUCGGAAAAUAUGCUGGAGUUGUUGGAAUGAUUAAUAUUUUACAUGGACUUGGUUUAAGAUUUCUUGCACUUGGUCAUCAUACACCAUUUAUGCAUAUUGGCCCAGCACAUAAUUAUCGAAAUAAUGAACAAGCUCGAAUGGCUAUUCGAGAUGCUGGCUAUGAAAUUGCUCUUGGUCUCAUGCCGAAAUCUAUUGGGCCGCUGACAGUUGUUUUUACUGGAGCAGGAAAUGUUUCGCAGGGUGCUCAAGAAGUUUUUCGUGAAUUACCAGUUGAAUAUGUCGAUCCAAAAGCUCUUUCACAAGCUGCUAAACAUGGUGCGACUAAUAAAAUUUAUGGAUGCGUUGUUCAACGUGAAGAUCAUUUAAUUAAUAAAGAAACUGGAUUAUAUAACGAGGCAGAAUAUCUUAAAUAUCCUGAUAGAUAUACAUCAACAUUCAAAACACAAAUCGCUCCAUACGCUUCAUGUAUCAUCAAUGGAAUUUAUUGGGAACCAACUCAACCAAAAUUACUUCGUAUUGGUAAUGCAAAUCAACUAUUAACUCCACCACCAGAAUGGACACAAAGUGAUCUAAGAUCUGGUUGUCCAACAUUACCUCAUCGACUUUUAGCUAUUUGCGAUAUAACAGCUGAUAAAUGUGGUAGCAUUGAAAUAGUUCAGCAUACAACAACUAUUGAUCAUCCAUUUCUACUAUACAAUCAUAAAACAAAUACAUCUAUGGAAAGCUUUGACGGCCCUGGUGUAUUAGUUUGUUCGAUUGAUAACAUGCCAACACAAUUACCAUUAGAAGCAACUACUUAUUUUGGUUCAAAAUUACUUCCAUUAAUACCAAAACUACUUGAAGUAGAUGCUACAAAAAAUUUUCAAAUGCAAACAAAUGUACCUCGGGUUAUUCGAGACGCAACUUUGACAGCAAAUGGUCAAUUGACACCAAAAUAUUCUUAUAUAACACAACUUCGAGAACAACGAAGAUCAAAAGCAAUGAAGUUCUCCGUUGAAAAACGUAUACUUGUAUUAGGCGCUGGCUUUGUCAGCGGUCCUGUCGUUGAAUAUUUAACACGUAAUGAACAGAUCAAUGUUACUGUUGUUAGCGCCAUCAAACAAGAAGCUGAUCGACUUGCAGCAACAAAUCCUCGAGUAACACCAGUACUACUUGAUGUAACACGUAGUGAAAGUGAACUUGAUAAACUAGUGAAAGAGCAUGACUGUGUUGUUUCACUAUUACCAUUUGGACUUCAUCCUAAUAUUGCUGCACUAUGUAUAAAACAUCGUCGUCAUAUGGUAACAACAAGUUACGUAUCACCGAAAAUGAAAAGUUUACACGACGAAGCUUUAGCAGCUGGUGUAACUUUAUUAAACGAAGUUGGAUUAGAUCCUGGCAUUGAUCAUAUGCUUGCCAUGGAAUUAUUUGAAAUAAUUCGUGAUGAUGGUGGUCGUAUCGAUUCCUACGUGUCCUAUUGUGGUGGUUUACCAGCGCCAGAAUAUGCUGAUAAUCCUCUACGAUAUAAAUUUAGUUGGUCACCUCGUGGUGUUCUUACAGCAUUACUUAAUCCAGCCAAAUAUUUACUAAAAAGCAAAAUCGUUCAACUUGAAGCUAACGGUGGAGUCAUUGAAAAUGGAUGUACAGCAGCGAAUUUUCUUCCAGGUUUUAAUCUUGAAUGUUAUCCAAAUCGAGAUAGUACAACAUAUAUUGAUUCAUUGCAACUUGAUACCGUACAUACCAUACUUCGAGGAACUCUUAGAUAUAAAGGCUUUUGUCAAAAUGUACUUGGCUUAAUUCGACUUGGUCUACUUAGUGAUAGUCCACAUCCAAGUUUACAAUCGAACGAUAAUCUUACAUGGAAAGAAUUUAUGUGCGAUUUAUUAAGUUUAAAACGGGAUACAUCAACGAAUACACUUCGAUCUGUUAUUCAUCAAAAAUUACAGAAUGAUAAUCAAUUACAAACUAUCGAACAACUCGGCAUUCUCUCAGAAGAUGUUCUUAUUGAAAAACGUUCCAAUCCAUUGGAUACAUUGAGUAAUUGGUUAGCGAAACGUUUAACCUACGGACAAAAUGAGCGUGAUCUGGUUAUUCUUCACCAUCAAGUUGGUGUUACAUGGCCAUCCGUAUCACAAACGGAAAAUGAAUUGAAAACCAUCGAUAUGGUUAUUUAUGGUGAUCAGAAACAUUCGGCUAUGUCAAAAACAGUUGGUUUACCAGCUGCUAUCGCUACUCGAAUGCUUCUUGAAAAUGAAAUUUAUGAGCGUGGUGUCGUUGUGCCAGUUAAGCGUACAAUUUAUAAACCAAUUUUAAAUGAACUUCAACGUGAAGGAAUAACAUGGAGUGAAAAAACAGUUCAAAAAUAA